AUGGUCAGGCAACUGCCAGAGGGCUCUGGGACCUCACGGGGGUCUUUGGUUGCUCCAGGAUUUGUCCAGCUGGUUGGAGGGGACAGCCCCUGCUCAGGACGAGUGGAGAUCCGUGACGGGAACCAGUGGAAAGCUGUCUGUGACUCAGACUUUGGUCCCAAAGCCGCUGACGUGGUCUGUGGGGAGCUGCAGUGCGGCGUAGCCCUGUCCAUGCCUGGGGCAGCUCAUUUUGGAAAAAGUGGUGGUUCCAUCUGGGACAGAGAGCUGCAGUGUUUGGGGAAUGAAUCCGUUCUUGCCUUCUGCCCAAGAGGGUCCCCCAGGGACCAGCCCUGCACCCAAGCCAACACUGCCGGUCUCACCUGCACAAAGUACACAGGGUUCAAGCUGGUGAAUGGCAGCACAGCUUGUGAUGGAAGAGUGGAGGUCCAGGUGCUGGGGACCUGGGGCACCCUCUGUGCUUCCCAUUGGGACCUCUUGGAUGCCCACGUUCUCUGUCGCCACCUCAACUGUGGGUUUGCUGAGUCCAUUCCUGGAGGAGGGCAUUUUGGGAGAGGCACGGGCCCCACCUGGAGAGAGUCAUUCCACUGUGAUGGGACUGAAGGCCACCUGGGACAGUGCCCAGUGACUGCCCUGGGAGCCUCACCAUGCUCCCACGAGAAUGUCGCUGCUGUCAUUUGCUCAGGCUCAGCCAGCUCCGCAUCCCUGCGGCUGGUGGGUGGAGGGAGCCGGUGUGACGGGCGAGUGGAGAUCUUCCAGCGCGGGACGUGGGGCAGAGUCCUGGAUGACCAGUGGGACAUGCAGGAGGCCAGCGUGGUGUGUCGGCAGCUGCGGUGUGGAGAGGCAGAGACAGCCUACAACCCCCCGAAGCCUGAGAGAGGGACGGGUCCCAUGGGGCUGCGAGGGGUGCGGUGCGCAGGGCACGAAGCCAACCUGACCCUCUGCAACACCUCCCUGGCCGAGAGUGUGCUGGCAGCAAGUAUUGCAGAGGAUGUGGGGGUCGUUUGCUGGGGGAGCCGGCAGGUCCAGCUGGUGAACGGGUCCGGGCGCUGUGCUGGGAGAGUGGAGAUCUACUACCAGGGCAGCUGGGGGACCAUCUGUGAUGAUGGCUGGGACCUGCCCGAUGCCACUGUCGUUUGCCACCAGCUGGGCUGCGGAGGGGCGGUGGAGGCAGUUGGCUCUGCUCGGUUUGGGGAAGGCUCCGGGCAGAUCUGGCUGGAGAGCGUGAACUGCUCCGGGGCCGAAGCUGCUCUCUGGGACUGCCCGGCAGGGUCCUGGGGGAAGCAUGACUGCGGGCACAAAGAGGACGCAGGAGUCGUCUGCUCAGAUUUCAUGGCCCUGAGGUUGGAGAACAGCACCACCUGCUCCGGGCGCCUGCAGGUUUUCUAUAAUGGGACAUGGGGGAGCGUUUGCUCCAACUCAAUGACUCCCAAAACGGUGUCGCUGGCCUGCAAGGAGCUGGGCUGUGGGGAUGCAAAAUCCUUGGAACGAUACCCGACCUCUGGCAGGCUGACUGGCCCCGCCUGGCUGGAUCGCGUGGAAUGUGGGGAGAGAAACAGCUCCUUCUGGCAGUGUCCCUCCUCUCCCUGGGACCCACAGUCCUGCGAUGACCUGCGAGAUGAGACCCACAUCACCUGCAACGACAGGGAGAAGAUUCGUGCCGUGGGAGGCGAGAAGGGGUGCUCGGGCAGAGUGGAGGUGUGGCACCGUGGCUCCUGGGGGACGGUGUGCGACGACUCGUGGGACAUGCAGGAUGCCGAGGUGGCAUGCAGGCAGCUGGGCUGUGGCCCCGCAGUGUCUGCCCUGGGCGAGGCUGCCUUUGGGGAGGGGACGGGCCCCAUCUGGCUGGAGAAGGUGGAGUGCCGGGGGACAGAGCCGUCUCUGCAGGACUGCUGGGCCCAGCCUGGGGACAGCGGUGCCUGCCAGCAUAAGGAGGACGCUGCCGUGAACUGCUCGGAUCCCACCCAGGGCCAUCCAACGGGCAGCGGGAGAGUCUCAUUGCCCGUCAUCAUCUGCAUCAUCCUGGGAGCCCUUCUCUGCCUGCUCCUGGCCCUCCUGGCCAGGCAAGUGUGGAGUGCUAGGGCUGGACGCCGAGGCUCCGAGAGAGCUUGGGAGCCCUUCCCUGAGGCCCUGUAUGAGGAGAUCGGUUACAGCCCGGCAUGGGAGAAGCAGGCGAGGUUCAGCGGCUCAGGCUCCUAUUCAGAGGGAUCCCUGACCAAGGUGCAGCCCCAGCCCGGGGACAGUGAGGAGGAGGAUGGUCUGGGACGUCCCUGUCGGGCCCAGAGGUGA